CAAAGCCUAAAUUUGAGAAAUUUUUAGUGGGUUUCGAAGCUUUCACUUCGCCAUGGCGUCCAACAAUCCCCCUACUCUUCUUCUUCUUCUUCUUUUUUCCGCCAUUUCUGCAACUCUUAUAACUCAAGUUUUCACCUUCUUCAUCGAUUUCCCCCUUGCCACUAACUACGACCAGCUCGCCACUCUCAUAUGGACCUACGAUACCAGCGUCUUCCAUGGCCAAAACGUGCGGCCCCCACUCCCAUCGGAAGUUCAGUCCAUCCCUAAUGCCUCUGUUCGAGUCGUUUACAAUGAGACGUUUCUGCUCAGAAACAGAGAUAAAGCGGCUACGUUUAUAGCUAAUUUUGUGCUUAAUUUGGGAUCGGAGGCGAAUUCUUCACCGGCUGGAAAUGAAGGGGUCGCCUUUAUUCUCACGCCGGAGCUUGCUCCUCCGGCCGGUAGCGAGGGCCAGUGGCUGGGGAUUGCUAAUACGAAGACGAAUGGGAUGGCGGAAGCUAGAAUAUUUGCGAUUGAAUUUGAUACGAAGAAGAAUUUUCCAGGGGAUGUUGAUGGGAAUCACGUGGGGUUGGAUUUGAAUGGUGUUGACUCUGUUUUGCAGGUGCCACUGUCGGGGAUUGGAGUUAAUCUUUCGGGUACGGCGGAUGUUUUCGUCAGAGUUGAUUUUGAUGGCGAAAAUAUAUCGGUGUUUGUGUCUUUGUCGUCUAGAUUGGAAGAUCAAUUGAAAAGCAGAGUGAUUUUUCAUCCCCUGAAUCUCUCGUUUCUUCCUGAUGAGGUUUAUGUUGGCUUCUCUGCUUCAAAAUUCGAUUACAGUUCACAGCUAAAUUGGAUAAAAUCAUGGCAAUUCUCCGGCGAUGAUGUCGGCGACGUGGAAUCCAACAACCAUCGUCGAUGGGUCAAUAUCGCCAUCGGCGUUGGUGUCAGUGGAGUUGUUCUAUUACUUGGGGUUGGAUUUCUCUGGUUUUGGAUCAUGAAGAAACGAAGAAGGGAUUUGGAAGAAGCCAACGACGGAAUUGAAGAUCAGCUUCAAGAUUUCUCCAUAGCCCCACGAGUUCAAAAGUUCAGAUUUAGAGAAUUGAAGAAGGCAACGGAUAAUUUCGACCCCAAGAACAGGCUCGGGAGAGGCGGAUUUGGAACGGUUUACAAAGGAAAUUUGACGAACAGAGAGGUCGCCGUGAAGAGAAUCUCGGAGGAUUCUCGUCAAGGGAAGCAAGAAUUCAUAACAGAAGUGGCAACAAUCGGCGGCCUCCAUCACAAGAACCUCGUAAAGCUAAUUGGGUGGUGCUACGAGAAGAGGGAUUUUUUACUUGUAUAUGAAUACAUGCCAAACGGCAGCUUGGACAAGUUGAUUUUCGGCGGCGGCGGCGGCGAUAGUGGCUACGUCGAUUACAGGUUCUCCACCGGACCCAAUUGGGAAAUUAGACUGAGCAUAAUUUAUGGGGUGGCUGAAGCUCUGGAUUAUCUUCACAAUGGGUGCGAGAAGACAGUCCUACACAGAGACGUGAAGUCUUCAAACAUAAUGUUGGAUUCGAAAUUCGAACCAAAACUGGGAGAUUUCGGGUUGGCUCGGACAAUUCGUCGAACAGAACAGACGCAUCAUUCGACGAGAGAGAUAGCCGGGACACGAGGGUACAUGGCGCCGGAGAUUUUCCUGACGAGCAGGGCGACGGUGGAGACAGACGUGUAUGCAUUUGGAGUUCUAGUUCUGGAAGUGGCAUGCGGGAGAAAGGCAGCGAACCCGUCGGAGAUAGGCGGGAACUACGACGGGGAUAUUACGCAUUGGGUGUGGGAGUUUCAAGAGAGAGGGGAAAUAGUCAAAGCUGCGGAUGAAAGGAUGGCAGGGCAAUAUGAGAAGGAAGAAAUGGAGAGGAUUUUGGUUUUGGGAUUGGGUUGUUGCCAUCCGAAUCCGCAUCAACGGCCGACGAUGAAAAACGUUCUGCAAGUGCUUACAGGGGAAAUGAAUCCACCGACACUGCCUCAUGAAAAGCCUACGUUCAUGUGGCCGGCAAUGGCGCCGUCGUCCAGAGAUGAUACAGACAGCUCUGUGAGAGAAACCCAAUUCGCCGAUCAAUUGACAGAGCUUGUUGGGAGAUGAUUUAAACAUGGAAGAAUCCCCCCUUCUUCGUAGCCUUCUUGUUCCUAAACUUCUUUCGUACACUUGGUGUGGGAGUUUAUGGACAGAGAGAUUAUGUAUAAUUUUGAGGCAUAGAUCUCUUGUUUGUUGUGUUCAAAUAUUUCUGAAUUUGGGUAUGUUUCAAUCAAUGUUCGAAGAAGCCUUAGAAAGGAAACUAA